AUGACUAAAAUAAAGGUACUUCGAUUGAAUCAAUCAACCAUUGCCGAAUUGCAUAGCUAUACUAAACCACCAGAUGAAGUACUGACCGUGAUGCGUGCCACAUUCCUGCUUCUCGGUCAUUCGGAACGGGAAAUACAAGAUUGGCCGCAAAUUCAAACCCUACUAGGCCGAUUUGGGCGAGACAGCAUACGACGUCGAUGCUAUGAAUUGAAUCCAUUGAGUAUACCUGUGGAGAAAGCUCAUGAUGCGAAAGAUAUAUUGAGAAACUAUGAUCUUAUUCGUGUAACCGAAAUUUCAGUUGGUUUAGCCGCAUUCUACUGCUGGUCCAAAGCUAUGGUCGAAGAAAGAGAGAAACUAUUGGAAUCCCAACGAAGAAUUGUUCGAUAA